GAGAGGGGGCAGGGAGUAGCACUGAAAGGGUGGCAGAGACUGGCAUUGAGAGGGCAGAGAGAGGGUAAGGGGGGCAGAUUCUGUCAGUGAGGGGCAGAGAAGUUGGCAUAACAAUGACCGUGAGUGUGGCAGUAAAGGGGCAGUGGGCAAUGAGGGGUGAGUGAAUUUGGCAGUGUGGGUCCCAGUCAGUGAAGGGACAGUGGAUGUGGCUUUGAAGGGGCAGUGGGCAAUGAGGGGUAAGUGAACUUAGCAGUGAGGGGACAGUGGAGGUGGCAUUGAAGUCCCAGCCAGCUAGCAGUGAGGGUCGCAGUGAAGGUGGCACUCUCAGGACCAUCACCAAGCAUACUACCAGGGGCCAGAUCUCCCAGGACCUCAUCCAGAUGGAUGUGACUGUAAACAAAGGUAUUUUGAACAACCUAUAUUGAUUACAUUGUUAUGGUUCUAUUCUGGAUACAAAGUGUCUGUGAGAUGUGAUCAUACAUGAUUAGAAUGGACAUCCACUACAUAGUGCCUUAUAUAGCAUUCAUCCAUUUAUAAAAUCACACAAUUCUAAAUGGAAAUGCACAAGACAAAUGCUGCAAUCCCCAUUAUGUGGAACUCUAAGGCAUAACUGGAACAGUGUAAACUAAACAAUGUAAAUGUGUCAAGUUAACCUCUUAUUCAUGGAAAUGUGUGAUCCAAUAUAUAAAUAGAAUAUUUGAACAUCCCAGGUAGUACAUGGUCAAACUGCGCUAAUGGCACAGGUGUCAUACAAAAUACCUUAUAUUUGAAGUAAAUAUUUCAUUAAACUUGCAUUACCAAUCCAACCAUACCUGCAGGCUAGACAGGUGUAUAUAUGGAAUAGGGAUGUUGAACUUUAAUUUUCAUAAAAGUAAAUUAGUGGUCCACUUGGUAAUUGUAGGUCUUUCCACAAAUAUAGGGGUCCAGUGAACUAAUGAGGUUUCAUGCAUUCUACAUUAGAAUAUUAAUGAUGGAUAGAUGGAUAGAUAGAUAGAUAGAUAGAUAUAAUCACCCAGAUCAGGGUAAGCAACCUUUAGCACUCCGUAUGUUUUGUACAACAUCUCCCAUAAUGAUCCUACAGUCAUAAUUCUGGCCAAGCAUCAGGUGAGAUGUAGUCCACAACAUCUGGAGUGCCUGAGGUUACCUACCUCUGACCUAGAUGUGACUUUAUCUAGCCAAGGCUGUUCAUGUUCUACAUAUUGAUUCCAAUUUGCAAUGAAUGGAAUUGCAAGCGCAAGAACUAUUGCAUCAGUGGAAAGGGCUCAUGUUUUACUUGGUGUAGUUCACUGAUAAAGACAGCAUUGAGGUACGCAUACAUAUACCCGAAGAUUACUUUAUUUAAGUUUCCAGGGCUGUUCCAUAGUAAAGAAAUGAUAUUGUAUCAAAGUAAUAAAUAUUUAACUAGAGAUGGUAAGACUUUUUCUUAGAGCCAGUAUCCGCCCGCAACCCCUUUUAUCAAGCUUACUAUGGUUUUGAUUUAAAAUAAUGUUAGAGGAUACAUUAUUUCAUUGUAUCAAUGUAGAAUACUUUUUUUUUUUUUUUUUUAACAUACAUGAGUCUAUUUCCCCCUUGAAGUAUUUAUUUACAGGUAUAUUUGCUAUAUUCCCACUGAGUCCUGACAGGCAUUCCUGAAUUUCAAAUUUAACGGCAAAAUAGCUGAACUGAAAACAGAAUUGUCUUAGAAGAUUUUUCUUAUUUAACUAUUUUGUUAUACAUUUUGCAAUUCAAUUUGAAACUCACUUUGAAUUCCUGGCAACUGUCACCUUAGUAAAAAAAAACUAAUUAAUUCGAAUAACGGAAUUUAAUAUAAUUUUGUAAUAACUUGUGUUGGCCAGCAUUUUGUUACUGUGUUUAUAUACAAACUAUAUCAUGAAUAAAGCACUAGUUUAACCCCUUAAGGACACAUGACAUGUGUGACAUGUCAUGAUUCCCUUUUAUUCCAGAAGUUUGGUCCUUAAGGGGUUAAAGGGUAACUGCAUUAACAGUAACAUGUUUUUUUGUCAAACCCCAAAUUGCUGUUUUACUUGAAAGUUUUAGGGAAAUGUCUUUCCUGAGCACUUUGACAGAAUCUGAAAAAAAGACACCCGUGGCAUUUCAACUAUGUAUACACAGAUUGACAGGCAGAUAUAUGAAAAACACAUGUAUAUCUUUUGUUACUAUAUUCUUUUAACAGGGCUACCCCCAUUCAGGGGCCUGGUCGAUCAAUGGAGCCUGCAUGGACUGCAGUGUAUUUCAGAAUUUUAGCAGCCCAGGCCCCUUAAACUACACUGACUACCCCCUCUUCAUUCGGUGCACCAGCACUGGGUGGGAGCCAUGGGGCAAGUUAGGUGAGGAGCCUGUCACCCACAGUCCACAGCCCUGCAACAGCCCGAUUCCCAGUGGAACCAGGGAAGCCAACCUUCAGCUGCAAAAUGGUGCUUGAAUUAAAAAAAAUCUUUAAAUUUGUGUGUGUAGAGUAUAUGUGUGUGUGUUUAUAUAAAUAUAUAAUGUGUGAGAGUGUGUUCAGUGCUGUCUGUAGAGUGUAUUUUUAUGUGUCCCAAGGUGUCUGUGUGUAGUAGUGUGUGUAACAGUUGGGUUGCUGAUAGUUAGCAGAGUGUGUGUUACCAUUACUUGCUUGGUAUAGUGUAUCUGUGUGUGCCUGGAGUGUGUAUUGGGUUGUGUAUGUUUGACACUGUUAAUAUAUCCAUGUGCACCCAUGUGUGUGUGUCUGUGAGUAUAUCUCAGUGAAUUUGUACCCUCUGUAAGUAUUUGUCAGGGUAUCUCUGUGAGUGUGUAUGUCUGUCUGAUAGCAUUAAUGUGUCUGGUGGCCCAGCCACUACGUUCGGAAGUCACCGUAAGAAUUCUGAUGACAGUCUUCCCUUUAAAAGAAGUGUGAAUGUUUUUCAAGAGCUUAUGUGUUAUCUGGUACACUGACUCCGUAACAGCUGUAUUUCUGGAAACUAAACACUACAACAGUUGACAGAAAGGUCUAAAUGUUUUAGCUGAAAGUUGCCAAGUGGGAUUGGGGCUGCAUUAUGUCUUUGUUGUUAAUGUUCCAAAUACAGUUUUUGUCUUCUGGUAAAUGGCUUUAAUUUUAAAACUACAUCCAUUUAAAUAUAUUAAAUGUUAUUUUGGAAGAGAUUAUAAUCAUUAGCGAGAUAGAUUACAUAUCACCAAGGAUAUUAUUUGUAAAUAUGCUAAAUAGAAAUGGUCCCAAAACUGAGUACUGAGGGAUACCACUUACCACUUUUGUCCAGCUUGAAAAUUUACCAUUAAUGACAACUCUAUCUUUAAGCCAAUGUUCUACCCAAGAACAAUUUUCAUUUAGAAAAAUGUCUUUUAGUUUGAAGACUAACCUAUUGUGAGGUUAUCAAACACCUUGGCAAAAUCCAAAUAGAUAACAUCCACUGCAACACCCGGAUCUAUACUUCUACUUAUGUCUUUUUAAAAUGCAAUGAAGUUAGUUGAAUAUGACCUGUUAAUAACUAUAUUCUUCCCAAUGAAUUCCUGAAUAUUAUGCCUUAAUAACCCUUCAAAUACUUUCCCAGCCACAUAAAUAUGCACAGGAAAAACAAGAAUGCGAAAUGAUUUAUUCCAUUUUUUGGGGGCCCCAAACUUCACCAGGUAUCAUCUCACCCGCUUUCCACAGUACUGGAUUUCCCCCCAAAAAGCUUCCCAGUGCCAUCUAUGUCCACAUAUAGUUUCCCAGUGUCGUCUUUGUCCCAAAAUAGCUAAUUAGUGCCAUCUAUGUGCCCAACUAGCUUAUCAAUGCUUUGUCCCAAAAUAGCUUUUCAGUGCCAUCUUUGUCCUAAUUUAGGUAAUUAGUGCCAUUUGUCUUUCCAAAACGCUUACCAGUGCCAUGUUAUCAUCAAAUAGUUUGUCAGUGCCAUCCUAAUGCCAGGAGGUGCCAUGAUCUUUGCCUCCCAGCUCUGCCACCCAACGCCAAGCAUGAGAAGCUGAGUCUAACACUGCACCCCCCACCCCCCGUUGCGCCUCUGUCUACAGAGCGCCUGGGCACUCUGCAUACUGGGCACCCAUCCAGGAACAGCUCUGGCAAAAGAAUAUGUUGGAGCCAUAUAAAUAUUAGCUACGUGAUGGAUUUCUGGAUCAAUAAAAAACAGCAAGCAGUAUCAUGCAAUGCAGUUAUUUACAGUUCAGUCAAUAAAUGAUUAUAAGCUCGUUUGGGCAGGGCCUUUUUACUUUUAUUGUCAUUUUUUUUCUUUUUUGUCUGUUAAUUAGUUGUUCUAUAACUCAAGUCUAUAAUUGUAGAAUUCUCCUGAAAAUGUAUAAACUCUAUAAAUAUUAUGGAUUAUUUAUUAUUAUUAUUAUUGCUAGUGAGUUACUAGUGAAAUGCCCUGUAGUUAAAAGAGCUUAAAUAAAAACAAACCCUAUGUUACUACAGCUUCUACCAUAGAAAAACAACAAAGAGUUGGCCCUUGGGCAUGUUUCAUUUGAUACAUUGUUAACAUAAAAGCACAAGAAAGCCUAAGGAAGGCCUUGUUAAUAUAUGCCUUUAAGUUGGAGAUGGUUUAAUGCUUUAUAUCUGAGUUCUCUGAAGUCUCUGUUGAUUGCUUCACAUGGUCACUUCUAUUUGUACACUAGUAACUUCAUGGCUGGCCCAAGACAUUGUGCUGCCUGGGUACAAGACUCAAAUGCUGCCCCUCCCCCCAGUCAUGCAUGCACACACAAGCACAUCAAUGCAGUCACACAUAUACAGAGACACAUUCACUCACAGACAUUUACAUACUGGCAUACAUACACUCACAGAAACACACACAGACCUGCUUUCUCUUACCUUGGUUUACCUUUUUCGCUCCUCUUCACACCAUGUUCUCUGCACCCUUUUCACUCUUACGUCCCCUUUCCACAGCACCAAAUUGCACCCAGAGCUCUAGAUAUUGUACCCACCCCAGUUCCACAUCUCUUUGACCCUUUCCUUCCAUGUCUUCCCCCUGUUCCUUCCAUAUCUCUCCCCCCUUUCCUUCCAUAUCCUCCCCCUUCUUUCCAUUCUCGACCCUCCUUGUCUCCCUUUUAUAUCCUCUUGCAUAUCUCUCUCAUCCUUCUAUCCAUGCCUCUCUUCCUCCUUUCCAUCCAUGUAUACACAGGCAAAAUUAUAUUUUAAUCCUGAGAAUUAUUACUCCUUUUUAUACAAUACCUUAGUGACCUUAGCACCUGCUGAUCGACAAUGUGCAUUGCUUUCUAGUUUGUGGUCUAUAACAUUUCCCAGAUCCUUCCCAGGUGUUGUUAUCCAUAAUUCACUAUGAUAUACGGUGUAAGUUACUUUUGCAUUUUUACACCGAUAUGCAUAACUUUGCAAUUUGCUAUGUUAAAUGUCAUCUGCCUUUUGAGUGCCAAUUCUCCCAAUCUAAAAAACUCUGGAGCAAAGUUAUAUCCUGAUCACAUUGUAUUACUUUGCAGAGUUUUGUUUUAUCUGCAAACACUGAAAAAUGACUUUCGAUUCCUAUUUCAAGAUUAUUUGUAAAUAUGUUAAAUAGAAGCGGUCCCAAAACAGAACCCUUAGGGACACCACAUACCACUUUUGUCCAGCUUGAAUAUUUACCAUUAUUGACAACUCUAUGCACUCUAUCUUUAAGCCAAUGUUCUACCCAAGAACAAUAAUUUUCAAUUAGAAAAAUUUCUUUUAGUUUGAACACUAAUCUAUUGUGAGGUUAUCAAACACCUUGGCAAAAUCUAAGUAGAUCACAUCCAUUGCAACACCUGGAUCUCUACUUCUACUUAUUUCUUUGUAAAAUGCAAUUAAGUUAGUUGAAUAUGACCUGGUAAUAACUAUAUGCUUCCCAAUUAAUUCCUGAAUAUUAUGCCUUAAUAACCCUUCAAAUACUUUCCCAGCCACAGAAGUCAAGCUAAGAGGUCUAUAAUUUCCGUGCAGAGAUUUAGAACCUCUUUUGAAUAUAGGAACCAUGUCUGCCUUCCUCCAAUCCUCCGGUACAAUCUUGAAAGAUUAAAAACAGAGGUUCACUUAUUUCCACGCUUGGCUCCUUAAGUACUAAUUAACUUUCUUAUUUGCUGCAGCACCUUGUUUUGAGUCAUCAAUCACAAUGUUUCUGCAAGUUUUUUUGCAGAAAUCAUUUACAUAUCUCUUCCUCCUUAAAGGAACACUAUAGGGUCAGGAACACAAACAUGUAUUCCUGACCCUAUAGAGCUAAAACCACCCUUGCCCCCCUUUGAGCCCCUUAAAAGGUAAUAAAAUGUACCUUCUUCCCAGUGCAGCGCGGGUCAGCCGGCGCUGGCACCGCCCCUGAUCUGUCUCCUUGCUGACAUCAUCAGAAUUUCAGCCAAUCCAAUGGAGUAAGCAUUGGAUUGGCUGUAAUCAGCAAGGAGGGGGAUGGGGCGGGGCCAAAUGCCGGCUUGGCCAAUCAGCACCUCCUCAUACAGAUGCAUUGAAUCAAUGCAUCUCUAUGAGGAAAGUUCAGAUCCUCCAUGCAGAGGAAAAAUAGUUAAUGGAAAAAAGUGUACCUAUACUCUCUUUGUUUUGUUUUUAUAGAAUUUAUGUACUUAAAACAUUUUUUUUGAUUUGGUUUUAUUCUCUUCAGCUAUCACGUUCUCCUUUUCUAGCUUAGCCAAUGUAAUUUACUUUUUGCAUGCAUUAUUGGCCUCUUUAUAUCUCAUAUAGGCUGCCUCUGAUUUAUAUGAUUUAAAGGACCACUAUAGUGCCAGGAAAACAAACUUGUUUUCAUGGCACUAUAUGGUCUUUAGGUCCCCCCCACCCUGAGGGCCCCCCUCCCGCCAGGCUCUAGAAUGAGGAAGGGGUAAACACUUACCUUUCUCCAGCGCCGGGCUCCCUCAGCGCUGGGGACUCUCCUCCCUCUUCGGCUGAAUGCAAGAGCCAUGCACGCAUUCAGUCAGUCCAUAGGAAAGCAUUAUCAAUGCUUUCGUAUGGACGCUGGCGUCUUCUCACUGUGAAAAUCACAGUGAGAAGCGCGGAAGCACCUCUAGCGGCUGUCAAUGAGACAGCCACUAGAGACUGGAUUAACCCAUUCAUUAACAUAGCAGCUUCUCUGAAACUGCUAUGUUUACAUCAGGCAGGGUAAACCUAGAUGGACCUGGCACCCAGACCACUUCAUUAAGCUGAAGUGGUCUGGGUGCCUAUAGUGGUCCUUUAAGUGCCCUUUUUACUUUUUUAAUUUCUUGAUUUACUUUCCUACUAAGCUACAUAGUUUUCAAUUUGUUUCUUUUAUAUGUAUUACUUAAAUGGUACAUACUGAGAAAUGUACUUUUCUAAUAUUUGUCUGAAGAUAUUCCAUUUAUCCCUCAGUGCUUCACCAAAGAAUGUAUGCCAGUCAAUAUCUAAAUAGUGAUAAACAGUCAGUAAGAAAAAAUAUAUAUAAAUUAACAACUGCUCAGGGGACCAUUAGAUGGUAAAAUAGAAUAGGAUUGUAAUUUAAUUGCAGUAAAAUGCUCCUAGAAUAUAAAAAAUACCUUUAAAAAUGAGCAACAUAAAAAAUUAUUAUAAAAAGACAAGGAACAAAUGAAACUGAAUAUAAAAACCUAUAUAUAGAUCAGUCCAAUUUAAAUAAGUCCCGAUUGAAAAGUCAUUUAUAGAGCAGCCGAGCUAGUGUUAUACUGACACAAUGUAGCAAACGGUGCUUAGAGCUAUGGAGUAGAAAUAAAUUGUAGCUACAGUAAAGAUACACUAUUGCUCUAUAUUAUAGUACCCAGCUAGUAAAAGAAGGACUGUACAUAAUUAUCCAAUGCAUUUUUAAAAGGCUUCCUGUUUGAUAUUUUUUUUUUUACUACCUAAUAUUAUAGAGUAACAGUGUAUCUUUACUGUAGCUACAAUUUAUUCUCAGUUGCACCAGGCACAGUUUGCUGCAUUGUAUCAGCAUUACACUAUCCCUGCUGCUAAAUAACCUUUACAGUGGGACUUAUUUAAAUUGGACUGAUUUAUAUAUAUAUAUGUAUUUAUAUCUAGUUUUAUUCGUUCCUGGUCUUUUGAUAAUUUUUUAUGUUGCUUUUUCAUAAGGUUUUUUUAUUUUUUAUUUUUUUAUUCUAGGGACAUUUUACUGCAAUUAACUUACAAUCCUAUUCUAUUGUAUGAGCUCCUGCUAUUAUGAGCAGUUGUUUUAACUGUUCAUUUUGUGCCGUGUGUUGCAUGCCAAUCGACAUGUUGUAAAGCUGUCCUUAUCUUACUGAAAUUGGCCUUUUUUUAAAUGAUGUACUUUAGUACACCCCAUGUGCUUUUGCUUUUUUGAGUGUAUUUCAAAAUAUACCAUACUGUGAUCACUAUUUCCAAAUUGCUCCCCUACUUGAAUGUUGGUCAAGAGAUCAACAUGGUUUGUUAUAACCAAAUCCAGAUAAGCAUCCUUUCUAGUUGGUGCUUGUACCCGUUGUAAUAUGAAGGUGUCAUUUAAUAUGUUCAAAAACCUGAUUCCCUUUGCUGAACUGCAAGUCCUUCUAUCCCAAUUUAUGUCUGGAUAAUUACAAUCUCCAAUAAUUAAUGUGCUACCCAGAUGUGCAGCUUUCCCAAUGUGCUUUACCAGCUGUUCUUCCUCAUCAAUAUUAACCAUAGGUUUAUAAAAUAAAUAUGAGGAUUCAUGAAGGAUAUUACAGUUGGUGCUACUAUCACCUAUGUAUUCUCCCCAAAACACACACAUAAAGUGCAAAGUAAUCAAUAAAAACAGCGAAAGCACACAAAUAGAUAAAAUUACCAUCUGCUGUAAAAUAUAAAACACCUGUAAUAUAAAACAUACAAAGAAGACCAUAGGGUGACACAGUAAAUCACAGAUCUUAAAAAAAGCCCAUAUAUGGUCCCACUGACAUGGUACUGAGCCACUCAAAUAGCUGGCUCAGACGUAGAAGCCUUGACAAUAGAAGGAUGAAGUGGAUGGUCCUUAGAGAUCAAUUAAGUGCAGUUCCCAACUUGACUUCAAGCGACUUGUUGUCGCAUCAACUCCAGAAUACAAGUUAAAUAUAAGGGUAACAAUUUAUUAAAGCACUAUUAAAACAUUAAAUCUCAUAAAUUAAAAAGACAUAUAGUCCACCUCACUUGAUGCAUUUCAGCAAAGUAAGCCUUUUUCAAAAGUGUUUGUGUCCUCUAGAUGGUUUAUACCAUAUCCCAACCAAUAAAUGAUAUUCCUUCUUUUGCCCCAAGCAGAUAUCUAGCCAUAAAGCUUUCACAUUUUCCUCGUCACACUCCACUCGCUUAAAAUUUGGCUUUAACUCAUGGUUGACAUACAAACAUACGCCACCACUUUUCCUGUUUUUUUCUUUUCUUCCUAAAUAAUAAUAAUAAUAAUUAUUAUUAUUAUUAUUAUUAUUAUUUAUAUAGCACCAACAAGUUCUAUAGCGCUGUACAAUGGGUGGACUAAUACACGUAUUUGUAACCAGACAAGUUGGAUGCACAGGAACAGAGGGGUUGAGGGCCUUGCUCAAUGAGCUUACAAAGCUAGAGGGAGUGGGGUAUAGUGACACAAAAGGUAAGGGUGGGGUAGAAAAGUAGGUUGCUAGGAUAGUAUUUAUUGAGUAUUCAAUAUUCAAUGUGUAACCAUUUAAGUUAACUGCCCAGCCAUGUGUCUCAUCCCACCAUGUUUCUGUUAUGCCUAUUACAUCAUAUUGCUUAGUGUAUGCUAUUGCCUCUAGUUCCUCCAUUUUGUUACUUAGGUUCCAUGCAUUAGUAAGCAUGCAUUUAAUAUUAUCAUGAGUCACUUGUACUUGAUGUGAAUUUGAUUACUAUCACAUACCUUCUCUAUUCUGAUCUUGCCUCUCCCCAUCUCCCCCCAUAAAGCCCAUCUCCUUUCUGUCCUAUCUCAAUUUUGUGGUUUUCUGUUGCCACAACCCCUCCCACCAGUAGUUGAAAAUCUCCUCCAACCUUCUAACCAUCCUGUCCCUCAGUCCAGCAGACACUCUUCCAUUUAGGUCCAAUUCAUCACGGCUAUAAAGAUUGUACCCAAGCGAAAAAUCAACUCAGUGCUCUAAAAAGCCAAAACCCUCCUUCCUACACCAUGACUUUAGCCACGCAUUAACCUCCCUAAUCUCCUGCUACCUUUCUACUGUAGCGUGCGACACAGGAAAUAUUUCUGAAAAUACUGGUGGUCCUUUUCUACAAUUUACUUCCUAAUUCUCUGAACUCAGUCUUUAGGAUCAUUUUACUCUGGCUUUGUCAUUGGUACUAAAAUGAAACAUGACAGCUAGGUCAUCCCCAGCCCUCCCCAAUAAUUCAUCCACACUUGUCAGCAGCAUGCUGGACCUUAGCACCCGGGAGACAGCAAACUGUCUGGUUGAGGCUGUCAGAGUGUCAGAUUACCCUCUCUACUCUUAACAAUAGAGUCCCCUACCACCACAACCUCUCUAGCGUUUCUUACAUUCUCAAACUCAGCUAGAGGGUCUGUACCCCCGAUAGUUAGAAGGAACAGCUUCCUCCAUUCGUCCAUCCAUGCUGAUGCUCCCAACAUCUUCACUCAAACGGCAAAUGUGUUAGGUUGCACAAGGUCAGAACUAACUAAACCAAUGGUUCCCACACCUGUCCUUACCCCUCCACCCCUCCUAACUCUCCCCUAUUCCCGCCCCCCCCAGUCCAGGAUAUAGGGAUUUGGUUGUGUCUAAGGUGUUUUUUUGUUCUUUGUAAAAACACCUUAGACACAACAUUGUAAGCCCUAAAUUCUGGACUUGUAGGGAGUUGUGAGGACUGGAUUGGGAAUCACUGAGCUAAACCUUUCUUCUUCCCUCACCCCCUGCUACCAUGUAAUAGUGUUACCUAGUGAUGGGCCUGUUCCCCAGCUGUCUUAUCUCAUCCCACUCCAUUAGAGGCCCCCACUAAAGCAGACCCCUCUCAAGAUUGUCAGUCUGUAUCAAUUUUGCAAUUUGCCUCUCCAGAUCUCCAAUACAAUCUUCCAGAGAAUCCACUCACUCACACCUGCCACAGGGGUACAGACCCUGGACGAAUUCAUCCAAGCAUGCAUAAAUGUGGCAAGAUAUGCCCUGAGUCAAACCUUCAAUAUUGUGAACACCCAUUACCGCAAUUACCAGAAAACAACCUCCUACAGAUAAAUAUCCUACUUAAAAGAGACACCUUUUUAUGUAACUCCAAGUGAGCAAGCUCAAAGAGUCAGCCUCUGGGUUUAUAUUGUUAUACAAAAACCCACAGGUGGAAAUUAAGAGACCACUACCCUAAUUAACUCAGCAGCACACAGCAAAAAACAAAAAAACAAGACUGCUUUUUAACCUUUUCAAUGUAUGCAUAUGUACAGAUUAAAAAGAUAAUAACAACCUCUGUCCACAAUUUUGUUUGUCUCCAAGGGAACUCCUGGAUUUCAACUUUUAGAGAAAAAUAGCCUACUUAAAAAAAGACUACUUUUAUGCAACUCCAAGUGAGCCAGCUCAAUGAGUAAGCUAUGGGUUUAUAUUGUUAUACAAAAACCCAUACAGGUGGAAAUUAAGGGACCACUGCCUUAAUUAACUCAGUAGCAGCACAGGGAAAAAAACCUGCUUUGUUUUUACCCUUUCAAGUGAAGCAGAUUUACUAAUUUACUGUUGUAGAAGUGUUAUAGAAAUGUUCCGGCACCCUACUGUUUGCAUACAGUUUGACAACUUACCUGGAGUCUACCAAUCGUUGAUCACCUCCUCCUCUUCAGUGAGCUAGCCCAGCAGUACAAGGCUUAGCUCAUUGGCUGGGAACACUAAACGGACACUCGCAGCCAAUUAGCUGGCCCAAAACUGAACUCUAGUCUAACAAAAACCCCUUGCAGGAACAUCUGGUUCUCCUCAAGGCUGUGAUCAUAACUCAGUAAGUUGCCAAAAAGCUUGCCUUCAGAGGUUGUGAGAUAUUUUAGACAGUGUCUUGGGAAUAACUAUUCAUUUUCUGGAUUAAGAGACAGUAACCCAAGAUUGGGUUCUAUGCAUUUUAGUCUAGAGUCUUCUAUUGAUACUAAACCCCAAAUGCAUUCAGUAGUCAGGUUCAUUCUCUCCGACAUGUUUAUGUGUCCAUUCGUCCAUCCAUCCAUGCAUUUCUCCAUCUUUUGUAGUUUAUUUUUUUGUUGUGUGCAGAACAAAUCUGUUAAAUGUUACUUUUUUUCCCCUGUACAGAGCUUUAAACAACAGCACAUUUAGAAAUGUCGUACCAGAAACCCCCAGAUGGAGGAUGGGGCUGGAUUAUCGUUACUAUCUCAUUCUUCAUCCAGUUUCUGUGCUAUGGUUCUCCCCUUUCUGUUGGAGUGCUCUAUGUUGAAUGGUUGGAUGUUUUCGAAGAAGGCAAAGGGAAGACGGCCUGGGUUGGGUCUUUGGCCGCUGGAUUUGGGCUUCUGGCAAGUAAGUAAAUUAAGUGACUGAGAUAAUAUACUUUUUUGCUUUGUAAUUCUUUUGCCUUUGAGACAUAUGUAACUCAUUCACUGAAAGUCAAACAGCACACAAAUGAAAUCGUUGAAAUCUACCAAUAUUUGGAGUAUUGCUAUGCUGGCAAAAUCCUUUAUCCACUUAAAUCUGCUAUCUAAGAGUAGGUCUCAAGUAAAUAGAUAUCCAGAGUACGUCAGCUGUGAAACAUAUCAGUGCUCGUAUCAGUAGUUUUACUGCUGCACACCUGUCCUCUGAACUUAGUGAUUCAUAUAAACUGCCCCGAUUAGCAGGGAAGAAAGGUUUGGAUGUGUUCUCUAUGCUAACCCUCAUUAGUAAUGUAUGCAAGUCCUUCAUUAUGGUCAUGGUAAUAGCAGACCGAUGCUUUCUGCUGUUGUGGAAAGAUAGAUUGGCUGUCCAUAAUUGCAUUUGUGAAACAAAUCGUGUUACUUACUGAUACAUUUAUCUGGCUGAUAUUUUUUGCUAAUUUUUUACAUGAAGGGUUCUCUAGAUUAUGUAAAUAUACAAACAUAUAGCUAUAAGCAGAAUUUAAAUAAAAAAGCAACAAAAAAGCUAAACACAAAAAAGCAAGCCUAGCAAAACAGAAAAUGUCUAUGUGCGAUUUGCUUGGUAGUGUUCAUUAGCAAAUUAUAGCAAUAAAAAUAUCGUUAUAAAUGGGUUAAAUUACAAUGUAUAUUUUAACAAAAUGAUUCCUGCCAUCCUGUAGAUGUGGUAGCCAUUACGUUGGUAAUUUAUUUGUUUUAAAAUAAUUGUGCUGCGGUAAUGUGUGUAUUCUCUGAUAAUAAAACCACAUGCUCUGUGUUACUGUAUAUUGUUAAUCCACACAGUACAAACCCAUCUCAGUUGCAAAAUGGUUAUUCGCUUAAAGGAACACUAAGGGUAGGGAACACAAACAUGUAUUCCUGACACUACUGUGUUAAAACCACCAUCGAGCCGCCUUCCACCCCCCAAUAUAGUAACUUCUUACUUGUAUUCAAGUAUGUAGCUGUUGGCUCUGCCCCUGUCUGCUGACAGGGGCCGAAGUGGUGGUCUGAGCCAAUCACAAUGCCUCCCCAUAGGAUUGGCUGAGACUGUCAAGGAGGCAGAUCAGGGGCAGAGCCAACACGAUUCAAACACAGCCCUGGCCAAUCAGCAUCUCCUCAUGAAUUGAAUCAAUAAAUCUCUGAGGAAAGUUCAGUGUCUGCAUGCAGAGGGAGGAGAUACUGAAUGGCCAGUGAAGUUAUCACUAGGUUGUAAUGUAAACACUGCAUUUUCUCUGAAAAGACAGUGUUUACAAAAAGCCUGAAGGGAAUGAUUCUACUCACCAGAACAAAUGCAACAGGCUGUAGUUGUUGUGAUGACUAUAGUGUCCCUUUAAGUGAGAAUUCCAAGUGAAGUUCAAAUUUAAAGUUAAAAAACUGAACUAGAGAAAAGUUAGCUAUGUUUUCAGUUUGGCUUUUCUAUGCUUAAAUUUAAAAUUUUUGUUGAAUUUACUGUGAAUUCUCACUUUAGUAAAUAGCCCUGUUGAUAUUUUGAUAUUAAAUUAAAAGCAAUAAACAAAUAUUAAAACCAAUAAAACAUAAAUUCAAUGUACCCCUUGAAGUAUUCAGCAAUCGAAGGUCACAGUGAAUACAAAUUAAAGGCUAGCUGUAUUGGAAUACAUCUCCAAAUCAGCUAUGCUACCAGUUCAACUACUUUGGGCUAAAAUUUGAAAUUCACUUAGAAUUUCUGACAGUUCUCUCUUUAGUGAAUUAUGCUAAUAGAUACAAUUAAUUUUUGCAACCAUGAUUCAUGCAUGAUAUGAAUCAUGGUUGCAUCCAAUAUGUAUCUGUGUCAGUUUAUGCACACUGAUGAAUGCUAGUUGUUUAUUUUUUAUUUUGUGCAUUCUGCAAAGUGUCAAAAAACAAGGGUUUUUAAAUGGGACACUGUAAGCAAUGAAACAAUUUUAGUUUAGGUAAUUUUGGUGUAACGAUCUUGCCUCUGCAGUCACACUUCUCAAUUAUCUGCCUUUUGGGAGUUAAAUCACUUUGUUUAUACACUCUAGCCACACCUCCUCUGUCUGUGACUCACACAUCUUCAAAUAAACAAAUAGUUUAAUGUUCAAUGAGAUAUUAUAGAAAAGUGUGUUUACUUUAGAAGUUCGUGUCCCCUGCUCUACUGAACUUAAAGCAGCACCAUAGGCUUGCCCCCCUUAAUAAGUAGUUUACUCACCAUAUUUCCAGCGCUGCAUAGUUCCACCAGUGCUGGCCCCGCCCCCAAUCUGCCUCCUUGGCUGACAUAAACAGAAUUGAUGAUCUCAGACAAUGCAAUGCUUUCCCAUAGGGGGCGGGGCCAAAGCCAGGUUGGCCAAUCAGCACUGACCCAGGUAACACCUCUAGUGGCUGUCUGAGAAGUGGCAACUGGAAGUGUCUCUAGGGAGCAAUAUAAACACUGCCUUUUCUCUGAAAAAAUGCUGCAGAGACUGACUAUACUCACCAGAACAACUACAAAAAGCUGUAAUUGUUCUGGUGACUAUAGUGUCCCUGUAAAUCAAAAUCAUACACACAUACACACGAACACAUGCUCUGAUGUUGCGGGAUCUAGUAGGCUAUUAACAGAGAAGGAGAUAAGACAUUCUAAAUUAAACAUACUGUGCAAUAACAUAAGCUAAACAAUUUAGACUCUUAGAAACUUUGUAUGGAGGCUGUAUGAGCCUCAGCCAGGGGAGGUGUAAUUAGGGUUACAUAAACUAGGCAGUUUAAAUCCUACAAAUGAUAAAAUUGAGCAGUGAGACUGUAUGAUCUAUACACCAAAACCACUUAAAGGGGCACUAUAGUCACUAGAGCAACUACAGCUUAAUGUAGUUCUUCUGGUGAGUAUAGUAUGCCCCUGCAGGCAUUUUCAGGUAAACACUGCCUUUUAAAUAAAAGGGACACCUCAAGUGGCAGUCAUUAAGAUGUGCAGCACUGACGUUCAGCGUCUUCAUGCUCUGCAUGGAGAUGCUGAACUUUCCCCAUAGAGAUGCAUUGAUUCAAGGAGGCAAAUUUGGGGCUGAAUUAAAGAUAAGUAACAUAUCAUGUUUGUAUUCCUGACCUUAUAGUAUUCCUUUAAGAUAAAGUUGUUUGUUGCUUAGAGAAUCCCUUUAACCCCAAGGAAGAACAUUCAGUGACUGCAUGUUUUUAUUAUUAAACUUUCCUGUAAAGAUUAACAGGCUACAUUGCUUUAUGUAUUCCUUCCUUCUGGUUUAAGGUUGAUAACAGAUACUUUGAACUGCAGUGAUCUGCAAAACAUGUUCACCUCGUAACCUCACUGGUAGAAGAGUAAUCCAGAGUGUGAAUAUAACAAACCUGAUUAUAUAUGUUUUGUUGUAUAUUUACUUAUGGAUAAAAGAAGUUCAGGCUGUUAAGUUUUGUGAUCAUGUUAGAGAGUUGCUUUAUUAUGGUAUAUGACUGACAACUAAGGUCUCAGUUUUACACAUUUGGGGAAAAAUUAAUCUCCAAAUCAGCUAAUCUCUAAAUAAUGUGGUGGUGUUGGAAAUGGACCCCCACUAACUACAAGGGACCCAGUGAAUGGUUAUCAAUAAUAUACUCAAUACACAUGAGAUGUGGGAAAAUUUAGAGAAUAUGGUUAACUACUGGCAGUAUCACCUUUGCAAUGGGCAUGGGUCCCCAUUUCAUUGGGGUAUAAUCAUGUUGGACAUGAAUAGUCCUCAAACAACCAGUAGGCAUGUAACUAAGGCAUACUCACCCUGCGACAAUGGGGCCUACACUUGCAUGUCAUGUGCCACAGAGGACGGCCAAUAGCCUUGGCAUUGGUGAGCCAGAAUAUUAUGUAUUUAUUGCCAAAAGAGUGCAGAUUCCCCAUUUCCAUUUGCUUAUAAUUAAAUAAUAAAGCCCAAUGUAGGUUUAGGGGUUUGAUAUUCUUAACAUUUUCCUAUACUGAUAAUGUAUGCAAAAUUACAUUUACAUCCUUGAUAAUCUGCCAAACAAAUCUUGCAAGAAAAUAAAAUGCAAACAAAUGCAUCCAAAAAAACUGCAACUGCAUUGCAUACAGCACUACAUAAAUGCAAACCAUAAUGUCCCUUGAAACACAAGUGCCUGGUUUUAGACUAUAUUACAGCUAGAUAAAAACCUUGGGUAAUAUUCUGGAACUUUGGUAGAAUCUGCAUUCAGUGACACAAUUUUUUGUAAGAAACAGAUACACCCCUCAGUCAGGUAAGUGAUAUUGCACUUAACUAAUUUUAAAAAAAUAAACUUGUAGAAGGGUGUAGUUAAAAUUUCUCAAGUUAAUGAAUGGAGUUUAUUCAGUGAAUUCACUAGCAGCAUUAGGCAAAAAUUAUUGAUUUGGGAAGAUCCUCCAAAUCCACUUUAGAAAAUAGACAUCUUGGCUAUCUCAGUCUACUUUUUGGAAUGUGUCAUUCUUUUCACUACAAUGUAGUGUUUAGUGAAUAAGGUUCAUAAUUGCCAUGCUGACCUAGUUUCACGUGCUACUCUGCAUCCUGCAAGCAAUCAUAAAAAACUGUCUCCGAUUGCCUAUUUUGCCAAAGUUUUGGCAAUUCCCUAGUCGGUCUCUCAUAACUCUCAGUUAAGCGAAUGACCAAAUAGUCUAUUAACAAUUUGGUCCUGUUUCUUUACAGAGUCCAGAGACAAAAAAAAAUAAAUGUAUGUCAAAUGUUCCAGCCGGAUAUAAUCAUAUAAAUAUAUUCAUAGCAUUUCCUUUCAAAGGAAAACGUGAGUGACAUUAUUUACAUUUCAUUUUAAGGAUAUCUUUUUUUUUGUAGUUUGCAGAUCGGGAACAUAGAUUGCGAUAAGAUCGUUAACAUAAUUUCCUUCUUAGAAGGUGCAUUGUUUUGAGAAAACCAGUAUAAAUAUUUAGGUAUUAUAUGCCCUUGGCAAGAAGUGGUUGCUGGAUACACAAAAGCUGUAAAUGCUAACGGUAUCCUACUUUAACCCCAAAUUAUCGUACAGUACCUCUAGAAUGACUUCACUUGAAGUCGUUUAUGUAAUAUUCAUGACUUCAUAAUUAAUAAAUCCAGACGCAGUUGACUGGUACCUAAAGUGCAAAAAAAAAAAAAGUAUAGAUUAGUCUAUAUCUCUGAAUCAUGGCCUACGUGUCUCAUGACUAAAUUAUUAAGGUCUAUAAUGUUUCUUAACCCAAAGUCAAUCGAUGUCUCUGAUCCUGACACAGUAUCUAAACAUGCUUAGUUCAAAACAACAUCUUAAACCUAAAGGAAUGUGAUCUAAAACGUUCCAAGCCUGUACCUAACACCUAUUGAGGCAUUGGCACUCACUAAAAAGAAAAGAACAAACAGUGGUGUGGGUCUUAAAGCCCCGUUGUCACAGUCUGGGGACUUUGCAAAAAUUCCUAAUGGUGACAUCUCUGCUGGGGGUCUGGUGGCUAGGGGGUGGGGCAAGCAAAGGUGAGUUCUACUUACCUGAACCUAUUCGUAGUGGACACCGCUAUCUUUUUCCGGCAGAUUGUGUUUAGGUGCUUAAGAGUCAGGAGCUAAUGUCACUGCAGUACUUUCACACAGAGCGCAUGCAAGACCAUGGGAUCCUCCAUAGGUAAAGCAGAUUCCCUGCAGCCAUCACUGGGGGAUGACACUUCUAGACACUAAGCGGAGCUCUGCCGUCUAGUGUCUAGAAGUGUCAUUCAUAGGAAAUAUACAGAGACAAAGUGGUUCCAUAAACACCCCUGCAUUCAUGCACUCACUAACAUUUGUAGACUUGUAUUUCUUUUUGGAUAUAUUUAUUUAUUUUUUCUAAUAUAACCUAUUUUUUUCUUUUAAUUUACUUGGGGUUUUUUUUGUUAGUAAGCAGUUUUUCAGAAAUACACAGAACUGAAAAUGUAUUGCUGUUGCAAUUUCUAUUCUUUAGAAUCUUAGCAAAAAAUCCUUUCUAAUUCCUAAGAUAACCCAAACUAAUCUUGGCAAGAAUUUAUGCAGUGCAAACAUUUACUGAGAUGCUUAAAGGAACAGUUAGUGAAACAAACAUUAUAAUAUAUUUAAAAAUACAGUUAAUAAAUAAAAUGAACAAAAACUAAUUGGGAUUUAAGAGAAAGUACUGGUCAUGCUCACAUAUCUGAUCCAGACAUAACUACAAUCUUAUAGGAACAUUAUAAAACAUGUAUUCCUAACUCUAUAUUGUUAAAACCACCACCUAGCCCUCCUGGUCCCCCUAAAUAUAGUAAACCUUUAUUGCAGUCUGCUGAUGCUGGCUCUGGUCCUGAUCUGCCUCCUUGGUGGACAUCAUCAGAAGUGUUAUUUACAAUCAGCAUCUUCACAUAGAGAUGCAUGGAAUCAAUGCAUCUCUAUGAGGAAAGUUCAGUGUCUCCAUGCAGAGGGUGGAUACACUGAAUGUCAGUCACACUGUGCAGCACUGACCCUGGAAGCGUCUCUAAUAGCCAUCUGAGGAGAGGCCAGUGGAGAUAUCCCUCGGCUGCAAUGUAAACACUGCCUUUUCUCUCAAAAGACAGUGUUCACUGCAAAAAGCCUUAAGGGACUGAUUAUACUCACCAGAAUAAAUACAAGCUGUAGCUGUUCUGGUGACUAUAGUGUCCCUUUAAAGGAACACUAUAGGCACCCAGAUCACUUCAUCUCAUUGAUGUGUUCUGGGUGCAAUGUCACUGACCACCUUAGCACUGCAAUAUAAAAUAUUGUAGUUUCAGAGAAACUGCAAUGUAAAAUUGCAGAGUUAAGACUGUCUUAAUCAUGGAUGGGUAUUCCAGCAUGACAAUGACCCAAAACACACAGCCAGGGAACAAAGGAGUGGCUAAAGAAGAAGCACAUUAAGGUCCUGGAGUGGCCUAGCCAGUCUGCAGACUUUAAUCCCAUUGAAUAUCUGUGGAGGGAGCUGAAGGUUCGAGUUGCCAAACGUCAGCCUCGAAACCUUAAUAACUUGGAGAGGAUCUGCAAAUAGGAGUGGGACAAAAUCCCUCCUCAGAUGUGUACAAACCUGGUGACCAACUACAAGAAACGUCUGACCUCUGUGAUUGACAACAAGGGUUUUGCCACCAAGUACUAAGUCGAAGGGGUCAAACACCCUUUUCACUCAUUGACAUGCAAAUCAAUUUAUUACUUUUGACGUGCGUUUUUCUGGACUUUUUUGUUGUUAUUCUGUCUCUCACUGUUACAGUACACCUACCAUUAAAAUUAUAGACUGAUCAUUUCUUUGUCAGUGGGCAAACAUUCAAAAUCAGCAGGGGAUCAAAUACUUUCCCCCCUCACUAUAUGGGCAGCGUUUUAGCUCAAAGGUCUGACGUCUUUAUGGUCAUACCUAUAAAGAAUAGUAGACAAAUGACCAUGAGGCUUAUGAUCCGUCUGUUCUCAGACUUUGACGACUCUCUCUCGCCCUUUCUGAGUCCAGCAAUUAACAUCUGCUGUUAAACAUCCAUCAUCUUUUAACAUCCUUUGUUGUUUUUUUUUAUAUUAGUAAUUGUAAGCAGAAUAAACCUAGUGGAAAUGAAAUACUGUUUCUUGACACGUUAAAGUUAAUGGUCUGUCCCCAGCCACCCAUCCUCAUCUUUUUCUACUGUGUCAAUCAUCUCUGCUUUUGGUAUCACAAGUUCAUAUUCAGUUUCGCAAUACAAAAGUAAGAUGCUCAGCCAUUACACAAGUGAUUUAGCUACUUUUUCAUGUAUCAGAUGGAUGGACAAAAAACUAAUAUGAACUUCCCAAAAAAUUCACGUCCCACUGGCAGGUCUUGUUUGAAUCAUAAUGCUUUGAAAUGAUGUCGUCAUUAUUUGGAUUCUGAUCAUAUACAGAAGGCAAGAUAAUCUUUUUCGUUGGAUGGGCAUAUCAUUUUCUCUAAUAAUACUACUGAGUGAACAAAGCAACAAAUGUACUAAUUUAUACACAUUCUUGGUGUUGAGGGCAUUCAAGUGUCUUUAGGUUCUAUACGGACAUUUAUCUGUACGGAUAUUUCUGUAUUUUCUUUACCAUAUUCCAAAUGCUUAUUAGAAUUGUUGUUCUUUGAUCAAAAGUCACAUACAAUGAAUGAGCUGCGCCAGUUUGCAAUGCGUUAGACAAGCGAAUGAUAAUGGUAGUGAAAGCAGUCUUUGGGCUAUUUAAAGUAUUGCCACCAGAUGGCUCCAGGUAAACCAAAAUACCAAUGCUCCUACUUCUCCAUUGCAAGCAGAGAUAUAAGGGGUUUUACAAAAGAAUUUAUUGUAGCAAUUACAACACAACAAACAAACCAUUUCAUUCAGCCAAACUAUAAGGUGCUUUCAUUUGUGGUGAAAAUAAUUAACAAAGAUAUCCUGGAAAUUUAUAAAGUUUUAGUGAACUAAUAAUUUUAUUGUGAUCUAGUUUAAUGUACACACUCUUUCCUAAAAGACACUCUUUUUGGAAAAAAAAAACCUGCAUCCCUAAGGUCCCAGGAAGUGAUAGAGACGAUGCAUUAAGCAGUAAGAAAUCAUGUGCUUUAUAAAGAUGGUGGAGACCAACUUCAAAAUUUAAUUUGAGAAACAGAUUGAAAACCGCUAUAAUCAAAUCGGAAGGUUCGCGAUUCUACUUAGCCGGCUAUUUUAAAUGCAUAAAAGAAAAUUGACAAACUAGAUUCAACCAGCAGUUCUUAUCGGUGUUCAAGUGCUAGGCUUGUGUGAAAGCACCUUAUGUUACAGAACAGCUCCGUUAUCACAUCUCAAUCUGCAACAUACAUUCUUCUGUUGUGUAAUAGAUUAUUCAACAAGUGUAUGGAAUGGAAAGAAAAUCAAUAUAGUUUAUAGCUGAUCAAUAAAGAUAUAGAUUUGCCUCUAAUUAAAUUGUUUAUCUUUUUAUUUUGUUUAAAUUUUUCUUGGCAGGUCCAUUGUGCAGUGCAAGUGUGACCUCGUUUGGAGCUCGCCCAGUGACAAUCUUCAGCUCCUUUUUGGUGGCUGCAGGACUUAUCUUGAGCAGUUUUGCUCCCAGUCUGUAUUUCCUUUAUUUCUCCUAUGGAUUUAUGGUUGGUAAGAGACUUUUAUUUUCUUGAGAAAUAAGAAAAAAUAGCUUGACAAGUAAAACUGAAAUUAAGCACCAUCACUGAACAGUAAUGUUUUCCUAUUAAAGUUACAGGAAAUAUAAUUUAAUUGGGGGAUAUUUAUAAAAUUGCCAAUAUAAGCGAUAGGGAUAGAUACAUCACCAUGGAAAUAAAUACAGCAAAGCGUUUGUAAUGAUUGCUCUUGCUUCCUUAGGAAUUGCUCCUUUUUAGAACUCUACCACGUUGCUAUUUGUAUAACUUAUAAAUUAACUCUCUCCCAGUUAUGAAGCAAAGAGUUGGGCGCAAAGAAGUUAACUGACCGGAUAUGCACUAAAGUGAGAAUUGAAAGUGAAUUUCAAGUUUGACGCCAAAAUGAAAACAGAAUUGACUUGGAGAAUUGUUCCAAUUUGGCUAUUCUGGCCUUAGUUUUGAAAAACAAUUCUCACUUUAUUGAAUAACCCUGUAAAUUUCCAUAAUUAAAAACAGCCCUGCAUAGAGGGGAAAAAAGAUCUGGGGCUAUAGGCCAACACAUUUGGGGCUCGAGCACCGCUGCAACUCCCCUACCCGUCGACGCCGCUCAUUGAAAAUCAAGGAAAAUUAAAUCCACAAAUCUAUCUAGUGCCAAAGUUACCAGUCAACAGCCAAAUAAACUUUUUUUGAAACAAAGUGAAAAUAAUUUAAUCUAUGUUUAACUUUACUAAUGAUCAAAAGACCCAAUAGAAACCUAUGGUGAGUCGACAUUGAGUCCACAACUUUUAAUUUAAAGUCUAGAUUUAAACACUUUCACAGGAGCGAAAUUAAGGACUAAAGAAGGUGAUCUAUUAAACCAGAUAUUAGUAAACCUGUUACCUGCUGACCAGAUCCAGCGGGAAAAAGGAAAAGUGUGAGUGAAGUUGUAAUUUGUAACAGCUAUGUGCACAUUACCUACAGACUCCCAAUCUCAUAUUAAGGCAUGUAUACUUGAUUCUGAUCUGUUGAUAUUUAUUAUUUUAUUUAUUUAUAGGGAUUUUAUUUUUUACAUGCUCCAUAUAUGUUGUUAUGAGUGAUGUUUGCAAAGUACAUAUUUCUGUACAAAUGUAUAUUUCUGUUUCCGCCUUUAGGCUUUGGAUGUGGCCUGUUAUAUACCGCAACUGUGACCAUUACUUGUCAGUAUUUUGAUAAACGCAGAGGACUUGCCUUGGGAAUCAUUUCAACAGGUGAGAUGUUUGUCAUAAUCAAAUAUUACAAAACACUCAAUGGGUAAAAGAAGCAACAUGUGAAUUAUAUGUAAAAAGUUACGAGUAUUCGGUGCCCUUGAGAUGAUCCUACUUACACCGUGUAAGCAAUAUAUGGUCAAUUGCCCCCCUUGACAACCUCCCCCUGAAUGUCAGCACAUAUAAAGCUACAUUAAAUCUGCAAACACAGUUAAUUAAUACAACCUGCUGAAGUUGGGAUGCUAAACUACAGUGUGCUGAGCGAGAUAACCAAAUAAGGAUUAAGAUUCCACGAGUCCCUUAGCAGGUUACCAGUUUAGGGCUGUCAAGGAUCAACACCCCAACACAUAAGCCAGAGGGCAACAAGUAUCCUUUACUAUAAAAAGAAUGUAUUAUCAGUCAAAAUCAGUAUUACAGCACAAGUCAAAAUACACUUUAGAGAAACAAAGACCACAACAAGAGAAACAAAGACCAUACAGGAAGAAUCGCAUAAAAAAAUGACACAGAUGACACACAACAUCAAUAAGCAUGUGCUGGCAUCCAGAAGACACUGGAGUCGUAUCAGCUGUACACUUCAUUCUUUACAUAGGGAUGGUAAAUGAGAGCAAGCAAAUACAUAGUGUGAUCCAGGUAGCACGGUCCUUUUGGGUACAAACAUGCACAGUCUUUAAAAAGAACUUAAUUCCAAGCAUGUUAUUUGUAAUCCACACAGGAGACAGCAGUAGAUGAAGAAAAAAAAAUAAUGUAACAAAAUCCCUAUAAACAAAAACCUAGCUUGUCUGAGCACUAACAUCAGAUCCCCUAUCUCUCAGGGGUUAAACUAUAACAAAAUAAUAUUGGUUUCACCAACCUAGUGUCUUUGUCAGCUUUCAGCACUCCAGUGUUUAGUCAGCCUGCUGCUGCCAGCUCUUCGAGAGAGAAAACAAACAUUCUCCCCUACCUGCCUAGCAGGGAGGGGUUUAUUCCCAAUGCUACAGCUGAUUACCUGCAGCUGAGCAGUGGGUUGGAGACAGUCCAAAAACCCUUGCCUAGAUCUAUGUCUCCCAAGAAAACCGCUAAACUGCGGAGUGGAGCACUGGCCCACCCUGCUCUCCAAAUGCUCCACCCCAGGGGCCCAUAACUAUUCAUUUCGGUUAUAUACACACAGAAACACACACUCCCCCUGGGGUUAAAAAUCAUAUGCCUCUCUGAACAAUUCAGUCGAAAUAUAAACUCCCUCACAGACCACCCCAUUCACCUUAUCACAAUACUUUCUUGGAUCCUGUCUAGUCCCGUGGCCAUAGGUGGCGGUGCUGCCUAAGGUCGCCUUAUGAUUAAUCCUGCUCUGGAGAUAACAGCAUUCAAACCAAAAACCAUACUGUUCCAGUAAGUGAAAACAGUUUUUUUAGUUUCCAUAAUAAAUGGUGAAAAAACGGCUUGCCAUGGGGAGUGGGUGACCUAAAAAUUAAUCUGUUAAACUCAAGAUAUUGAAAUUAUUUGAACUUUUCAAUAUCUGUACUGACCGGUUGUUAUUUUUUUUUAAACUAAAGCUGACUAAUUUACCACUGUUUAAAUAAGCAUUGUCACAUGUAGUUUUUAGAUGGUUUUUUUAAUGCAGACUUUUACAAGUUGGCCAAACCAGUAAGAUUAGCUUUUUGAAUGUAAGCUUACAUAUUUUCAUGUUCAUUUCUCACUGUCUCACAAAACUGUCAGCUUUCAGAGUGCAGUCAAUAAUUGUGCAUGCUCAGUAUCUUGUAUUUUUUUUAUUUCCAGGUUCGAGUGUCGGGACUUUUAUAUAUGCCGGUCUUCAAAAAGAGCUAAUAUCAAUCUAUGGAUUGGAUGGGUGUUUGCUAAUUGUUGGUGCUCUAUCACUGAAUAUAUUAGCAUGUGGCAUUCUAUUGAGACCUUUGCCAUGUGCAUCCACAACUUCACUGGAGAAGACAAACUCAGAGAAAACUCCAGAUAACUACCUCAUUUACCAUGAAAAACAACCGAACACUGAAGAAAAUACAUGUAUGCUAGAGAAAUUAUCAGGCAAUGAAAACAACAGAACUUGUACACCCACGGCUGACAGAAAAAAGGCAGUGAAUUCUAAUGUGAACGGUGUCAGUGCUCUACACGCUAGAGAAAAUGACACUUACAAUAACAGUGUUACAGAAACAAAUAUUUGCAAACAGAUUGCUAAAAACAAAUGCCAUCGUUAUUUAGAUUAUUGGGAAAAGACAGUUGAUCUAUUUAAAAAUAAAGUAUUUUCGGCACUUUUUGUGGCCAUUUUGCUUUUUGACAUUGGAGGAUUUCCUCCUGCGUUGCUAUUGGAAGAUGUAGCAAAAAGUGCCAAUAUUGAUGAAGACUCCAUGGUCGUGCCACUAGUAUCAAUUAUUGGUUUCACGAUGGCAAUUGGAAAACUAUCCUUGGGUAUCCUGGCAGAUUUCAAGUGGAUUAAUGCAUUGUAUUUAUAUAUUUUUACCUUGUUGGCGACAGGAGUUGCUUUGAUUGCAGUUCCUUUUGCAAAUUCAUAUGCUACGUUAGCAAUUCUUGCUGGGACUUUAGGAUUUUUAUCUGGGAACUGGUCAAUAUUCCCCUAUGUAACCACUACUACUGUGGGAUUAGAUAAGCUCACGCAUGCAUAUGGGGUACUGAUGUUUUUCGCUGGAGUUGGAAAUUGCCUUGGGCCACCAAUAGUUGGUAAGUUACUAAACUAAUGCAAGUAAGAAGACAUUUUGUGUAUAAAUUUAGGCUAAUUUUAACUAAAAAAAGUUAGUUGAAAUAAAUACACAAAUAAAUUAUUAAAUAAAGGCCAAAAACAUUCAAACUAGGAAGAUUCAAUAUAGUUAACUCCCCACAGGUUACUACUAGUGUAUAGGUUACUGUUAGUGAGAAAUCAGUUAAUGUGCACAUUACCUAGUUAAUCUGCAGAUUAACUGAUUUGCUCCGUUAAAGUGCGAAAUCCAGAGUUUUUAACUGCAUUAACUGCUUCCGUCUAGUUAAAGUGCUAAAUUUUUGUUUCUUUCCCUUGGUAAAAGAGAAAUUAUUUAUUACAAAAACGUCCUCGCAGAACCUGUUUCACCCUUUCAGUGCAGUCUCUGCAGAGUCGUUUACUUCUCGUCUGAAGGCAGAAAGAUUCUGUGUGAACCUGUCUCGAUUCUUUUUGUGAGCAAGUUCCUUUCAAUGCCCUCCACCAUCAAAUUCUUAAAGCAUAGACGCAUGGCUUGUUGCUUCUCAGAGGGGGCUGGCUACUAACAAUGCAGCUACGUAAGUCUGAGAAAUACUUCUCUCAUUGAGGAGAAUGAGACCAAGGAGAGGUCUGCUCAUGGACCACUGAUUCCGACAGUCUUCAAAUAUAUGAUGAUAUUGAGAACAGUGGAGAGCAUCUGCUGGGAUCAUUUCAGAGUGUGGCUGCCUAAUGUGCAGGAAGCGCUCGCUCUCUUGUGGUGGUGGGGGCUCCUUGUUUCUUACCAGUUUGGGAUAACUGUUUGAAGAGGUAUGUGACUAUGUGCUCCAGACAAGAACAGAACAGCAGCCUGUGCACACUAUGGUGUCCUCCAGAGCUGUGAGCCCCUCAGAGAUGGAUGACAGAAUUAUUUUUUUGCACUUUAACGAGUGCCUAGUAGGUAAUGUGCAGAUUAUCUAAGUAAUUUGCAGAUUACCUAAGUAAUGUAAGAAAUAUUUGGGAAACAAAAUCAUUUUCUGCACUUUAACUGAUCGCCCUAGUUUAUCUGCAGACUAACUAGGUAAUGUGCACAUUAACUGAUUUCUGCACUUUAACUGUAACAUAUACAUUUCUAAAUAUCCUUUGAAGUCAAUAUAUUGUUAUGCAUCACCAGCAUAUCUUAUGUUAGGCUUUGAGGGAUCCUUUUUGGGCAUAACUUGGACUCGACUAUUCCAAGUUUCUCAAAGUCCAAGUCUAGAUAUGCAGGUGAUGCAUAAUAGUAAUGCGUUCGUGCAGACUUGCACAACUUGGCAGUAGGAAGGGGACAAAACUAAAAUAGGCCGCAGAUAGGUUUUUAGCGCCUCACUUUCCAAAUAAAGGUAUAAGAUUGCAUAAAAACAUACAGAUACACACACUGACAGGCAGAAAUACAGAUGCACACCACACAAAAAACAUACACACAGACACAUAGACACACACUUGCAGACACACAGAUUCAUACAUACUGACAAACAGAUACACACCACACAUGAACAUACAGAUACACACUGACAGCCAUACAGAUACACACCAAACAUGGACAUACAUAUUCACACAGACUGACAGACAUACAGAUACACACUGACCACCAUACAGUUAUACGAUAGCCAUACAGUUACACACUGACCGACAUACAGAUAACAGACACACUGACAGACAUACAGAUACACACGCAGACAUACAGAUACACACUAUACAUGAACAUACAUAAAGAUACACACUGACAGACAUACAGAUUAAUACAUACUGACAAACAGACACACACAUAUACAUACAGGUGAAAAUAUUCUCUUUUAUAGCCAUCCUCCAGUUUCGUAGCUUGGGUGUGGAGACUGGCUUCCCUGAUCUCCAGUCUGCAGCCUGAGGAUGUUAGGAAUUAAGGGCUGGCUCUUGCAGCCUUAACCCCCUCCUCUCCUGCCUUCUACAGCUCGUCUCUCUCCUGGCCUGGCCCCCUCCUCACUGCCAGCUCACCCAUCUUGCACAGCUCCAGUCUCUGGGAGGAAGUGACUCAAGGCACUCACUUCCUCCCAGGAUGCUGAGUGGCCCCGUCGUGCUGUUAAAGGCCCAUGGUGCUCGACCGGGCCUAUCGGGUGGCCCUAAGUGCAAUCCCAGAAAAGCUGAUGCUACAAAUAAACAAUUAUAAAUCUAACUUGUAGGUACCAGAAGGAUGGGUAGAGUUUUGCAUGAUUACCAUAAAGUUGGGUAAAAAAAAAAUCUAGCCGUUUCUGUGAAAAACUGAAUGAACCAUUUCUGAUUAAAAACUUUGAUAUUAUUAUAUUAUUAAUUAUUUAGAUUUGUUUUUUUUUUAAUCUUAUUACAGUUUAACAAAAUUUGGAGUAAUCAUUCAUUAUGGAAAGCUAAGAUGAUGUUUGACUUAGCCUUUGAGCAUAUGUAAGAAUAUUAUCAUAUUCACAUUUAACUUAAUUGUAAUUAUUUAAUCUCUUUCAGGCUGGUUCUUCGACUGGACACAGACGUACCAUAUUGCAUUCUACUUCUGCGGAAUAUGUGUCCUGUUAGGCGGAUUGCUCUUAUUAAUUGUGACUCUACCUUUUUGGGACAUGUGUAAAAAGAAGACAGAACCUUCUUCAAAAAAAUACAUUUAUAAAGUUGCUUCAGGUGUUUAAUAGAUUACAGAAAAAACAAUGCUUGUUGUAGCAAGUUAAAAGAUUGUGUGAUAGGUAGUUCUAAAAAUUUGUCUGUAUCACUUUGUAGGAAUUGAAGUGUUACCUGUCUGCAUAUAUCGAAGUAAAAAUACCAAAGCAUUUCUAGGUUCCCUGGGUAAAUUAUUCCCAGACGAAAUAUUAGACAUAACCUGUACUGUUCCACCAUGUCCAACCUAGAAAGUCUAAAAUAUGUAUUAUUCUUUUAGCGCCUCCAACAAGGUUUAUGUCGAAAGGCACCUUUGAUUAGUGAGUAACACUGAAUGUGUCUAGAAAAUGAAAACCCAAACUAGGGUUUAUUUUGCAUCUGUCUUAACUGAAUUACUCAUUUAACAGUUUUUAAAGUAAUUUUUUUAAUUAAAAGUUGCUUUAUUAGCACACCAUAUAUUAAAGUUGUAUUAAAGUUUAUAAAACUUCUCUGGUAGCUUUCAAUAAUAAUCUACUGAAGUCAUGGAAUGAAGAAGACGUGGUUGACUCAUCGUGAACCUUGCUUGGUCCUAAGCAUCACAGACAAUAUAGCUAACAAGGAAAUUGUAAUCUCACAAAAUUCUGCAAACGUACCAUCACUGGUGCACAGAAACUUCUUUGAAACAGGAAGAUUAAAGUUUAGUUCAUAUUUUCAACUUUACUAAUAAAUUAAAGAAACGAUAAUCAAACAAUGAACUAAUGGUUAAUCCACUAUCCUCUCGCCCCCAACAAAGAAUUUUUGUUUAUUGAAAACCUAAUUUAGAUUACAAUAAUCAAAUUUGGGGUCCAUACAUUUCCAACCUCGGCUCAGAAGGAGCUAUUUAACAUAUUAAUGUUUAUUUAGUGAGAAUAGACACUUACUAGAUAUACGCUAAGCACCAAAACAACUUUAAUGCAAUGAAGUAGUUUUGGUAUGAAGAUCAUGCCCCAGUUCUUUCACUGCUAAAUUCUCUGCGAUUUAGGAGUUAAUGUCACUUUUGUUUAUGCAGCCCUGGCCACACAUUUCCUGGCUGUGACAAAAACGGUUUAAUUUUCAAUCAGAUCUUACAGCACAGUCUGUUUACUUUAAGAGUUCUAAUCUCCUACUCUGUUAAUUGAACUUUAUUCACACAUAUGAAGCUCCUGUAGGUUCUAGCAGGCUAGUACAGCGCAGAUAAGCCACAGAAAGUCUGGGCUAGAUUAGAAGGGGGGAGGUUUGCCAAGGCUGCAGAGAAGAGAUCUGCAUGUUUUGCAACCCCUUUUUAAAUAUAUCCCAAAUGAACAAAAUGCAUGAUUAAAUGAAUGCAUGUUUUCAUUAGGGGUAUAUCUACUAAACAGUGUUUAUUUUAUUUUUAUUUGGGCAGUAGAGUAUCCCUUUUAGCUAAAGUUGUUGGCUUAUAGUGUGUUCUUUCGAUUUCCAUGUGAUCUGUGUGAACAACAAAGGGGCACUAAUUUCACCCCUUUUACAUUGAGUCUUUUUUACUUUUACAUUAUCUGCAAGUUAUAUUAGUUUGCCAUUUGAUCAUGCUCCAUGUAUAUACAAAUAAUUAUAUAUUUUAUUAAAUAGGACAGACAUAUAACAUUAGGUCCAUGGCAUUUUAUUUACCAACAAGUCUUUAGAUAUGUUGUACCUAAAUCUAAGCUAUAGAUAAGCUCUUGCCCUGUAGCUCUUAUUGUCGUCUGGCAGAGAAUUAUGGGUAUUGUAGUCUAACAAUAGCGUACAGAGUCAAAGAUCAGUAUUCCUGCUUGAGGCUGUUACUUUAUCCCAACAACUGGAUAGCACUGUGUAGAGUUGAAGAAAUGCAUGCUUUGCUCACACAGAAACUAUUUUAAUAUAAACGUGCCACUGCUCCAUUCCUGGAAGUGACAAUUCGAUAUUCUCUCACCCCAAUAAAUGCUAAUGAAAGGUUUACUGGAGUGAAUUAGUAAGAAAAACAAUAUGUUUCUCAUGAAGACUUUUCCACCCCAUGAUACCUUGGGUGCUCUCUAUCUUCUACAGAGAAACCGUGCGAUGUACACACAUUUAUAGUACAAGCACUACAGAGGGUAACUUCAUUUACAUGCAACGUUGGGCAUCCCAGGAGACGUAUGAGAGGGAAAAACAAUGUCAGUGAGAAUUUUAAUUAAAUAGCUCUACCCGUAGUUGUCAGCUUGUACAUAAGUCUCACGAGAGACCUUUCUACUUUAAUAUUUAAAAUUCCAGAUAGAAAAUAGCAUUGGUUUUUAUGUUUUACUUACGGUCAAAUUAUAUACUAAACAUGUUUAUCAAUUUUUUUUUUCUAGCUUUUCUAGUAAAUGUCUAGCUGUGAUACUAAAAUGUAGCAAAAGUUGAAAUUUUAUUUAAAAAUUGUGUUAUCUAUAAUCCCAGCAAUAUUUCACAUUUUAUUGGGUCGUUCACUGAAACUGUAUAUACAAUCAGUGGAUUACAAUCAGCCAUACCCUGCAGGCUGUAUAUUUUAUAGCUAGGCCUUAUAAUUAUCUUAUAUCAAGGGGAGACAACAUGCUGAUCCCCCCCAGCUCUUGUAGAACUUCAGAUCAACUAAAUUACAACUUAUGAUAUGUUUCCAGUCUUAAAGGGCUUCUUAUGUUAGAUGCAGUGGACCAUUUUCGUUGCUUUCCUAUGGAGAAGCUUAUAUGCACACAGGACGCUCUCUGCACAUGCAUCAAGUCCCCAAUGCUCCUCUAUGAGGAGAAUUGGAUUAGACCAACGCAGCCAUGCCUGUUCCAUGACAUUGAGGGAGGCAGAGAGAUAUGUAGCAAUGUAAGCCAAGUAAAGAGCUUUUUAAAAUAAAAUUUAAAAAAUGUAACACACAUGGGUAUUCGGUACUAGGUAUUAUGCCUCUAUAACUAGGGCCAUAGACACUACAGCAUUUAGAAUACAGAUUUGUAUUCCUAGCACGUUAGUGUUUCUUUAAGCUGGCAGUGUAUCAUUGUAUUAAUUGAUCCACAACUACUGGAGUUUUAGAUUUUGACCUGCCUUGGCUUACGUGUAUCUUUGUAUGGUAUUUGGAUAUCUGUUCUGUUCUGUGCUGCCUGGUGCAAUGCAGAAUAUAAGUAUGAGAGUUCUUUGUGCGGGUGGGAGUGGAGGUUUUGAAAAGAGCAUCAAUCUAUUUUGUGAUUUCAUUAUUUCUAUGCAAUUAUUUAUAAGUAAUGUAUUUUCAACUUUAUAGAAACGUGAUACUGGGUAUUUGAUAGUUUCAACUGUUAUAGCAAUUGAAUCAUUCUAGAACUAAAAUAAUUACUUUGAAUGAGACUCCAAAAUUAGUGUGAUUCUGAGCCUCUGUAUAUUGUCUUUUCAGUAAUUGUGAUUGGACUGUGUGUAGCAGUCGCCUUUAAAUGGCUCACAUGGAAGGUAUUCUUUAUUAUUUGCCACAAUUGUGUUUUAUCCAACAUUAUGCAAGCAGGUUACAGUCUAAAGGUUGAGUAUAGCAGUGUUAAUUGAAAACAAAGUGUUAUACACAGGUGCUGCUUUAAUCAAGGGCAAUAGGCCAUGGAUAUCAAAUCUGAAUUAGUGUAGACGUGUAGUGUAUAUGUGUGUCCAUGGAUUUCAAUAAAUUAUCACUAUGGAAUUUUACUCUAAACUUCGAGUGCCUGUUCUGUGGGUUGGAGGACAUUUUAUUGCAGGUUGUGAUUGUUACGUUUUUUACCAUCACCAAAACUUGAUGUAGGAAGACUAUUGUAUUGUUAUUACCAGCAAUAGGCGCAUUUAGAGAACACAAUGCUUUUGUAAAUUAACUUCUAGAGAAAACAAUGAACUAAAAAAACGCCUCUUUUAGCAAUAGCUUUUGGUCAUUUGUGUUCUUUAGUUUUGUUUAAUUUCUUCAACAUUUGUAUCUUUUAAUAAAGCAUAUUUUUUAUGAAUAUAA